GUCAAACUAAAAAUUUGGGAUAUUAGAUUAUGCCCAAUUUAGAUCUCGAUGUCUGUAUCGAACAGCUGCUGAAGAAGCAAUUACUGGGUGAAGCACUAAUAAAGGAAAUAUGCGAACGUACAAAACAAGUCUUAAUGCGGGAAUCGAACGUAGUACAUAUUUCUGCCCCUGUGACUGUCGUCGGCGAUAUUCAUGGUCAAUUCUAUGAUCUCAUUGAACUCAUGAGAAUAGGUGGAUACAGUCCCCAUACGAAUUAUCUCUUCCUCGGCGAUUAUGUUGACCGGGGUUUGUUCAGCGUAGAGACUAUCUCUCUCCUUACGUGCCUAAAGCUGCGAUAUCCAGAACGUGUACAGCUUAUUAGAGGUAAUCACGAAUCGAGAGCUGUUACACAAACCUAUGGAUUCUAUGUGGAGUGUCUCAAGAAAUACGGCUCACCUACCGUAUGGACAGCUUUCACUGAUAUGUUCGAUUACCUGACGCUGAGCGUCGUCAUCGAUAAUCGCAUUUUCUGUGUGCAUGGAGGUUUAUCCCCUUCUAUACACACGCUCGACCAGAUCAAGAUCAUAGACAGGUUUAGAGAGAUACCCCAUGAAGGACCGAUGGCUGACUUGGUCUGGUCUGAUCCUGACCCUGGUAAAGAGGAGUUUGCGAUAUCUCCACGAGGAGCAGGAUACACGUUUGGAUCACAGGUAGUUAAAAAGUUCUUGCAAAUGAACGAUAUGCAGCACAUACUGAGAGCUCACCAACUCUGUAUGGAAGGUUAUAGUGUGUUAUUCGACGAUGAGCUCAGCACGGUAUGGAGUGCACCAAAUUAUUGUUAUAGAUGUGGUAACAAUGCGAGUAUACUCGAGGUUGGACCGAAUGGCCAGAGGCAUUUCAAUGUUUUCGAGGCUGCACCGGAAAAUGAGAGAGAUGGUCCGUUGCAAAUACAAAAUCAGGAAGCUCGGGAGGUUAGCUACUUCUUAUGAUCGUAAUGAUAUAGCACAUGUGUAAUUUAUCAAUAUAUCCUACAUCUACGCAGGUGUAUAUAGAUGUGUACACAGUCUGAACAGAAAGUAAACUGAUGGAUGCAUUCGAAUAAUUUAAAUUAGAAGAUGGUAUAAUGGGUUUAGUUAGGCUAUCUUAUCAACUAAGCUACUUCGAACGUCUAAGAAUCUAUCCCAACGCGAAUCUUGGUAUGAAGACCUGAAUGUGUCAGUGAAACACCAGCGGUUUAUGAAAAGACUAUCAUCCUCUUGGUCUUCAUCAUUGUCAUUGUUUUCUUUGACAGUUUCAAGUCGCUGUUGUCUCAUCGCACGCGCAACCGCUCUGCGUGGUGUUUGCUUCGCUUCUGCACUUUUAGUGGCUGGCUUCUGUGGUGUAGUAUUAACAUCCUUAGCCUUCUGUGGUAUUAUUCUACGUGAUUGAAGAUCUUGCAGUGCAUCAUUCGUGCGAGUUCUGUUCUGUUGGUUCCUCGUUGUCGUCUGAGUUGGUUGUCUUUUGAUAUCAGCCUGCUCAGCCGCAGUACGCCUUCUCUUCGUAUUCGUGGUGAGCGAUUGCUCAAGACCGAGUUCACGCUUAGGUGAUGAUUUUCGCUGGAGUUCUCCUGUCUUUCUAAGUGAAUCAAGAUCCUCCUUAAGAUAAUAAUCAACAUCUUCUGCGUAUUUGUGAAAUGGACGGGUAAGUUGCCAAUCAGAAAUAAACUGAUUACGUGUAGGCAAAUCGUGUACCUAAAUAAUGUUAAAUCGCGUUAUAUUUUUAGUAAAAAUCUCACAUUAAGCGAUGCGCCCAUAGACCAAAAUACAGCGCUAAGUACCUCAUUUUUGUACUGUCCUUUCACGUUAUCGACAUAUAUUUGCUGUUUUUCAACCUCCACAGCUGCAUAGAAUAGUUUAAGGAGCUGUUUGCAAUCGUCUAUACGUGAUCUAGGAAGUUCGUAUUCUAAUACAAGUUCAUCCGGUGUGAUCUCAAUUUUGGCAAUUGCUUUCUCUUCACUUUUGUCCUCCUCUAUCGUUAAGAUCUUUCUACAGGUUUCUACAACCAUUUUGAAAUCUUUCGGCCGUGUUGCUGAUCUUGAUAACGCGACUGUUUCAUCAAAUUGACUAAGAAGACCCAGGUUUUCAGCCGCUAACAUUGUGCAUAUCCAGGGAAUUGAUGUUGUACCAGCUCUCAACUCGUGAGAAGCGCCCGGUUUUGUGGCUUUUCUUACAGUCCUACAGUACUUGUCUGCUAAAUCAAUGAUACUGUUAUCUACGACGUCUAUGAGUGAUCUUCGUUCGAUGCGAUCCAUUAGAUAGUGAUAGUAAA